UCAGACCGGGGCACCUCGAGCGGAUCCUGCUCGUGAAGCAGGCCUUCGUGCCCCGCGCCGACGACAUCAUCCUCGCCACGCAGCCCAAAUGCGGCACCACCUGGCUCAAAGCCCUCGCCUUCACCAUUACCAACCGAUCCCGCUACGGCUUCAUCGACCACCCGCUCCUCACACACCACCCUCAGCAUCUCGUGCCGUUCAUCCAGAUCCCUUGUGCCGGCACGGGCCACACUAACAUCGACCCCUUUGGGUUCCCGAGGCUUCUCGCCACGCACACGCCCAUGUCGUUGCUCCCGCCAGGCAUGAGAUCACUUGGUUGCCGAGUCGUGUACCUGUGCCGGGACCCCAAGGACGCUCUUGUCUCAAGGCUGCACUUCGAGAACAAGGCGUUUCCGGGCACCGACCUAUCCAUGGACAGAUGUUUCAGCAUGUUCUGCAAGGGGUUCUCGCCUUAUGGCCCCUUCUGGGAUCACUGCCUCGAGUACUGGAGGGAGAGCAUGGCAAGGCCGGACAGCGUCCUCUUCCUUAAGUACGAAGAGAUCAAGUCUGAUCCAACGCAGGUUGUGAGGAAGCUGGCGAAAUUCCUCGGCGUCCCACUGACCGAGGAGGAGGAGAGGUCCGGUGUUGCUCAGGAGGUGGUGAGGCUGUGCAGCUUUGAGGCACUUACCAGCUUGCAAGUCAAUCAGGUCGGCCGCGUUCAUUUCAGUGAUAACAUUGUCAUGAGUAACUCUGUGUUUUACAGAAAAGGAGAAGUAGGGGACUGGGUAAACCACAUGAGCCAGGAGAUGGGGGAGGAGUUGGACUGCAUCGUCCAACACAAGCUUGAGGGAUCUGGGCUUGUGUUUGCGCCGCCACUUCAAAUGCCGGAGAGUGAGCCCAAGCCACCCACCGGUACAACCCUCGCCACGCAGAUGACCAAGACCACAGCCACAGUCACCACAACCGACAUGGAGCCCGGAAAAUUGGUAUAUAUGUCUGUGUGUGUUUCCCAAAAAAUAUAUGGAAGAUUCAGCUUGAUUGUCAUAGCGGACAACAUAUAUUACUCGUAUCCAUACAAAAAUAUUACUCGUGGAUAUGUUUUAGGUGGGAAUGGAGCAUUGGAGCUGCAUGAGGCCAUCAAACAUCUCGUGCACGCACGCAGUCCUGUCGGUGUCUCGUGCGGCCAGGAAAAGGCCAUACCUUGGCACCUCGAGCGGAUCCUGCUGGUGAAGCAGUCCUUCGUGCCCCGUGCCGAUGACAUCAUCCUCGCCAUGCAGCCCAAAUGCGGCACCACCUGGAUCAAAGCCCUCGCGUUCACCAUCACCAACCGAUCCCGCUAUGGGUUCAGCAACCACCCGCUCCUCACACACCACCCUCAGCAUCUCAUGCCGUUCAUCCAGAUCCCUGGUGCCGUCAUGAGCCACACGGACAUUCACCACCUUGCGUCUCCGAGGCUUCUCGCCACGCACACGCCCAUAUUGUUGCUCUCGCCAGGCAUGAGAUCACUCGGUUGCCGAGUCGUGUACCUGUGCCGGGACCCCAAGGACGCUCUCGUGUCAAGGCUACACUUCAAGAACAAGGCGUUUCCGGGCACCGACCUAUCCAUGGACGGAUCUUUCAGCAUGUUCUGCGAGGGGUUCUCGCCUUAUGGCCCCUUCUGGGAUCACUGCCUAGAGUACUGGAGGGAGAGUGUGGCAAGGCCGGACAGCGUCCUAUUCUUGAAGUACGAAGAGAUCAUGUCCGAUCUGGAGCAGGUCCCGCCGACCGAAGAGGAGGAGAGCUCCGGCGUUGCUCAGGAGGUGGUGAGGCUGUGCAGCUUUGAAACGCUCACCAGCUUGCAGGUGAACCAGGUCGGUGGUGUUCGUCACGGUGAUAGCGCUUCCAUCGGUAGUUCGGCGUAUUACAGAAAAGGGGAAGUGGGGGACUGGGCAAACCACAUGAGCCACGAGAUGGCGGACAAGUUGGACCGCAUUGUCCAACAAAAGCUUGAUGGUUCUGGGCUUGUGUUUUAAGUUGUUCUUAUCUGUUCCCUUCUCCUUUCCUCACCAUGUACGUCAUGUUGCACAAAGAGGAGUAUGUUUCUUUUAA